AUGUCUUCAACAACCGGAUCAGCCUCUCGUUUCUCUAUGCGCGGCUUGUUCGAUACAUUCAAGCUUGACUGUAAGGCCGCCGCGCUCGAGUUCGUUGGGACAACGUUGUUUCUACUCCUAGGACUUGGCGGUAUUCAGGUGGCUGCUGACGAGGCCGGAGUCAGCGGCACCACUAUCGAACAUGUGAUGUAUAUCGCGACAUCCAUGGGUUUCAGCCUUCUGGUCUCCGCUUGGUUGUUUUACAGGAUAACGGGUGGACUCUUCAACCCCAAUAUCACGCUUGCACUGUUUCUUGUAGGGUUGGUGAACCCCAUGAGAUUUGUGUUGUUCUGUAUCGCACAACUGGUUGGAGCUAUUGCUGCAUCAGCGCUGUUGUUUGCGUUGACCCCUGGACCAUUGUAUGUCAACACGUUCCUACGACAGGGAAUCAAUUCAUUUCAAGGCGUUUUCAUUGAAAUGUUCCUCACGGCGACACUGGCGUUAGCCGUUCUGAUGCUAGCCGCUGAGAAAUCCCAGGUUACUCCGUUUGCACCAAUUGGCAUUGGGCUGACGCUAUUUGUCGGACAUUUAUGGGCUGUGUUUUAUACGUGUGCAUCGAUGAAUACGGCACGUUCAUUCGGGCCUGCUGUCGUUACUGGGUUCCCUUACCCUCACCACUGGGUAUAUUGGGUUGGUCCGUUUCUUGGCUCUCUACUGGGAGCUGCUUUCUACAGUAUGCUGAAAUGGAUACAUUAUCAAGAUUUGAAUCCUGGGCAGUCGUCCACGCAGGAGAAGGAUUCGCCGGAUCCAGUGCUUGCCUGA